CGCGCCAGGUCCCUUCCGACACCCAGACUUCUGCCCUGAUCUGGUCCCCACCUCGGCCUCGUGAACAGUGACUACAAAACCUGCCGUGGUACACUUGGACCCUCAAGUGGUUUAGGGCGCUUAACGGCUCCCAAGUGGCCCUGCGCCCGUUGCCAUGGCGACUGGGCAAGAGGCCGGAAGAGAGGCCUAGUAGGGGGUCUCCUGCCCGCCUCCCGGUUAGCGGCACCUCGCCCCAAGCCAGUUUAAUUUUAGGCAUGUUUCAUUUAAGAAGACUUGCCUGCUGACUAAGGUGGUCAGUGUUGUUUUGCAUCAUCUGACAUGAUGGGACCAGGCCAGCCAGCAUCUACCUGUGUUCAUCUUCUGUCCAGCACCCAACUAGAUGGAGUGAGUGACCCCAGGAAUCCUCAGCCCCAGAACCAGCUGCAGUUUAAUAGGAAUGUUCCUGCACAUCCGAGCAACUUGGCAGUCCGAUACUCUUGCCCACAUGCAAUUAGAAUUGAAAAACUGAAACACUCGUACAAUGAAUCAUAUCACUGUAAAGACUUGGAUUUUAGAGCUGGACAUGACCUAAGCAGUCCUGUUUCAUUUUCUGUCGUAUCAGAAGAGAGACUUAGCUAUGCGGUUCACCUAGCCAAAAGAGAUGUAAAACGAAGACAAGUUGAAGAACACAUAAAAGAACAUUAUCUCAGAAGUCAGUCCCAAAACACUCACAAAUGUGGACACACCAGGUGUAAAUUAUCUACCCACAAGGUGGAAAGGAAUGACCCAAAGAGUUGGGAAGUCUGUCAGUGCAGCCACCAGUCAUCCAAAGUAGGAAUUUCCAGCUCAGGUGCCAAGGUGUAUGUGUACACAUCUCAUCCAGGAGGGUCGGAUCUUACUGUGCCAAAUUCGCCACCUACCCAUGACCCAGGACUUCAACCACAACCCAGGAUAGCAGAUCACAAAAACCUACGUGAACAGAAAAGCCUGCUAGAAGUUCAGCGACUCCAAAAGGAAUUGAGCAGUUGUAUCCAUAAAAUCGAAGAGGUAACUAAAAAAGAUAGACUUGAAGAAGCUUUGGAUCCAGAUGAAGAGCGGCGAAUCUGUGUGAGGAGGCAGGAGCAAGCCAUGCGCUGUGCCCGGAUGCUCUACGUCCUUCAGCAGCAGGUAAAAGAAAUUCAGGAAGAAUUGGAUAAAUUGAGCCCACAUAAAAUUAAACAUACUAAGAAGUCAUGGGCAAUGUCUAGGCUGGCAGCCGCUCACCGAGGAGCCAUUCGGGCCUUACAGAUGUUUGUCUCUCAGUUUACUGACCAAAGGAAGCACCCAGUUCCUGCUCAGUAUAAGGAACUGGGCAGUCUCAUCCGUCAGCUUUCGCUGUGUUCUGCUAGGCUGGAUGCUGAUCCUUCUGUCCCAGAUGUGGUUAUAGAUAUCCUGCAUCAAAUUGAGGCUUUAGAAUCUCUUCUGGAAAAGAAACUGUCACCUAAAAAAGCAAAGAAAUGUUUCACUGAAAUUCAGAGAUUUCCUAUUAGUAGUCAAAGGAUCUUAGAGAAGUGGCCAGUGAAGCCCAGGAGUGAGAGGAAACCCUUUAUCACAAAGGAGACCUUUCUGCAGGAGACCAGUCAACCUCCAGUGGUGAAGAGGCUUCUUUCUGAUAUGUAUCAGCCUGAUGGGGAGCUUCCAGUGACUCAGAGGCUGGAGAGUGAACUUGGUGUGUUAGAUGCAGAUAUUGUUCCAGAAGAAGCCCCAUUUAUUUUGGGCCACAAUACAGGGUUCAAAGAUGAAGCAUUAGCCGUAGCAAAACCAAGAGCAGUGAAAAAGAAGACUGUGAUGGAGAACAUGCCAUUUAGGAAGAAAGAUCCAUUGGAGUCAGCCACACUACAGCAAGGACUCCACAGAUCUGAAAGAAAUAGACCAAGCCAACCUUACAGCAAAAGCAGGUUGCAACAGACAACAGUGUCAUCCAGAUUAAAAAUGAACCGACAGCCUGUGAAAGACCAUAGGGCUCCUUGGAUACCUCCAAACCCCACAUCCCCACCGGCAUCUCCUAAGUGUACCGCAUGGCUCAAGGUGAAGUCCAGCCCUAGAGAUAUUACAAAAGAACAGUCUCUCCAGCAAGAAAACACCCACGAGGGAAGUCAGCUGCAAGGUGCUGCUGAGCAGAAAGCAGCCAGGCUCACUUGGCUAGAUGCUGAGUCCAAAAAACUGAAGGAACUAGAAGAACUGGAAGCCAAAGAAAUGGACAGAAUGCAAAAACAGAGGCUUGACUGGCUUGAGGCUGAGACUUCGAGAAGAACCAAGGAGCUGAAUGAACUGAAAGCUGAAGAAAUGGAUAGACUUCAGAAAUUAAGUGUUUCUGCCACCCAGUUAGCAGACAAGGUAGAGGAGGCAGUUCUGGAGCGUUUGAAACCCCUCUUGCUCAAGGCCCAGAGAGUUAAUUCUUCUGUGGAAGCAAAUAAUCAUUUGAAGGAUCGUCCGUCAUUGAACGCAGAAGCAGCCCAGCCUACAGAGCAGGCUGCUGAUGUCAAUUCUGAAUCCAACGAUAUUCGUCAGAUGGGUGACUUUUUGGAAGAUACUGCUCAUGAGCUCUGGGCUAUGGCUCAUGCUAAUAUCAUGGGCUCGGGAACCUUGGCCACAUUGGGGGAUAGCAAGGACAACCCAGAUCUGGAGACCAUGUUGCUCCGGUUGGAGGAGAUGGAAAAAUACCAGGAGACAGUUCGCCAAAGAUAUAAUAAAAUCGUAUAUGCUGACCCUCAUUUAUGGACGCACGAAGAAAGAAAUGACCAGAAAAUUCCAGCAGGAAGUGAAAGGCCUCUGGCUCCUCAUCCAAUCAAGAUCACUAAGACAGCAGCUCUCAAGGAUCCAGUGGUGAACAUCUUGUUAGAAAGGCCCCACAAUGCCAACUCCCUGGAUGAAAGUGUAGCAACAGAAGAUGGAUCAGAGAAAAGGGAGGGCCCGCUUCCCUCCCUUGCAGAUCUGCAGCAGAGAGAAGGUAGAACUCCCCUGUUUGUCUCACCAGGGAUGCGGCACAGCAUUGGGGAUUACUGUAGCCGUUUUGAACAGUUCCUCCGGAUCAUAUCUCAUGAGGCUGUAGGCUCCUUCAACCCAUGGCUGAUAGCUGAAAGCUUUUCAGAUGAACUGGUAGAUGAAGCCCUGGGGGCCAUGGCUGCAGAGCUGCAGGAUAUGUGUGAAGACUAUGCAGAAGCCGUGUUCACCUCAGAGUUCCUAGAGGCUGCUGCAUAAGACUUUUCAGAAGGGGUCCUCGUGUCACUGGAAGAGGGAUUCCCCCCACCACCCCCACCCCCGUGUUAGCCCUCAGGGAGCCUUUGUCUCAGUUGCCCACCCAGGCCCAGAAGGUGCUGCCCAUUGAAGGGAAAUGCCAGUGAGGUCAUCCUUGCUCCGUGUUCUCAUUGUCAUGGUUGUGGUUCUGGAAGAUAUGGUGGAUGGCUUACAUUUAUCAGUUCCUAAGAAACGUGAGAUGAUUAUGGUGAUAGAGUAUUUUCAGAAUGUAUAGUUUUCCCAUUGAAAUAGUGUGUUCAUUCCUCUGGCUCAGUUUGGAGAUCAAAAUGUUUUAAAAGGUAAUGGAUAAAGACACUUCACGUGGAGAUGCAAGCUGCUUUUGAACCCACAGGGGAGUGAGAAGAAUUGGUGCUUGCCCAAGUGCAGUUACUGUGUGGUCCCAGAUCCUGCCUCUAGUGUGUUCCCUUCACCAUCACUGAUGGUGUCCUCUAGGACACCUGUCUCUCCUGGGUGGCAAACUCAACAUGGAGUGCACAGUAUGGUGAUGUUGCCAACCUCUGCCUGGCAGCAGUAGAAAUGGGCAUCCCAGCACACAGACCUAAACACAUCUUUCUCCAAGGCUCAUUUCCUAAGGAAUUUUCCACAUUUUCUGUUCCUCAAAGUCAUUUAUUGCUAUGUGCUGACACAUGCUGGUAAAAAACACUUUCUGAAUCUAGGGGAAGGUUGAGGACAAGAGGAGAGAACCAAGCCUCUCCUUGUGCCUGCUCACUCUCCCAGGAGGGCAAGAGAUUCUCCUCUCCACACCACAGAGCAGUCUGGAGGGGUAGUGGAGUGGGUACUGGAAGAACUCCGGAGGACCAAGAGGACCAAAGAUGCCUGCAAACCCAAGCCAAUUGCCCUCGCCUGGUGGUCCUCUAUAGUGUAGCCCUCCGGAGGCUUGUGGCUCCUGGUCCUCUGUAGUGUGGCCCUCUGGAGGCUUUUGGCUCCUGGUGCCAAGAUUUUUAGUGACCCUGAAUUAGGAAAAGGCAAAGGAAUGUGCAUAAAAAAAAUAAGGCCACUCCCUGAAAAAAGUUCAUCUCAGUUAUUUGCCUGAGACUUAGUGAAAUGUGAACAAAGGGGAGAGACACACCCCAGUACUAAUGUGAACCCUGUUGGAACACGCACAAUACACUGCUGUCACCUGGGAUUGUGUCUGUGGUGCUUGAAAUUCAGGUGAUUAUUUGAGCUGCUUCAUCAUACUUGUUUGUGCAAAACUGAUUUUUGAUUAAUGUUUUCCUGCUUAAUGUUACAUAACCUCAGAGCGUAAAGAGCGUGUUUAGUCUGGAGAGUUAAAUGUGUGUACUUGAGCAGGAGAAGCACUUGUCAUUGGUAGUAUAAAAUUUGUGUACCAGUUUUUACUGUGAUUUAAAAAAAUAAACAGUAUUUUAAAA